ACUUUUUUUGCCCUGUGCCCCAGGGGACGGAGUGGAGCCGCCCCACCCCCCCCACUAGGCAGAGGUGCGGCGGCACCCAGAGGGAGCGUUGGCACUCGGGGGGCACUGCCCGUGACCCCAGCCGCCAGGGGUGUGCCAGCCCCCCGUGCCCGAGGAGCACCGGGAACCCCCGCAUACCGACCACCACUGCUGCCCGCUGCACAUGAGUCCUACGACGAGUAUGCAUAUGACGAUGGAUAUGACGGCGAGUAUGACGACCAGAGUUACGAUACUUAUGAAGACACCUACAGCAGUCAGACAAAAAGCGCUUCUGAGUACUACGAAUACAGCCACGGCACAAACGAGGACGCCUACGACGCUUACGAAGAGGAGUGGAGCACGUCCCGGCCUAGCCUGAAGGCACCGUCGUCAAGGCUAACCCGAGGGACCUACAGAGAGCAGCCCUAUGGUAGAUAUUGAAGGUGCUCCACAUCUGUGACCUCCAACAAAAGACAGCCCUGUAACUGUGUGCUUACCCUCCCCCCGUGCCCUACCCCCCACACACACAAAAGCAAGAAAGUAAUCAGUCUUUGUUUUCCUGGACCCCUGGUGAGCCAAGCUCCAGCCUAACCUUUAACCCCUGACAUCGCUGUCAGCACGCUUUUUUUUUACACCAUGGACUUGUUUUUAAAAUGUAGGAGCAAAAAAAGAAAAAAAAAAGAAAAGCACAAAAAAAUCCCACAAACCCCGAAAUCUGGCAAAGCUGUUCUGGUGGAAAUGGCUCCUCCUCCCAGCCACACGUUACUGUAUGUCCAAAAUAAUGGCUCAACGGCACUCGGCUGCACCUGCUCCUCUCCGACGGCAAGAGUCCGGUUUCCAAGUGAUGCGAGACGUUAACUUGUAGAUAAUUUCUUUCCUUUAAUAUCUGUUAGCUUCAUGAUGUUCAAUACUGAGUAUGUAAAUUUAAUUUAAUUUUGUUAUUGAGUGCACAGCGAUCAGCUAUGUCUGUAGCUAAUUAUCAGUGCUCUGUUCAGUGUUUAACCUGUAUUUGUACAUAAACCGUAUAAUAAAAAGGAACAUAACAUGCCCUGUGUAAGCUUCUAAAUAGGUGAACAUAAAUGGUCAGAUUUGUUUUGCCAUAAUUUGUCAAUAAAGCUGAAAGCCUUUUGUAAAAAUAGAGAUAUUUGAAUGACUUGUUCCUUCUUCUACAGUAAUGGCUAAACUGGUUUGAUACGUCAAAAAGGAUUCAUCAACAAAUGAAUUUUAGAAAUUUUGUCUUAAGUCCUUUUUGUGUAACAAUAGAUAAGCUGUAUUAAUACACUAAGAAGUAUUGUUAAAAAUAACUUUAAAGUUAAGUUUUAAAGAGCUAAAUUGUUCCUUGGCUAGUCACAUAAUUGUAUAACAUGUUAAUGGAAAAGCGAUUGUUUAGAACAAUAAAUGGGUUUUUAAACGCA